AUGGAAGCGACUGGCGACAUCGCGGUUGUGCCUGCGGGCGCGACGGCGACAAAGCCUCCAUCGCCUGAGCCGGACGUCAAAGACACCAUCGAGCAAGCGCCCGUCGCCAAACCUGCGACCGCCCUGACGCCACCCACCAGCGAAGAGAUGAACCACGACCUCAAGGACGAGUCCGACUCCGAUCUCACCGAUCUUGAAGAUGAGGAGGAAAUCAAACCAGACCACUACUGGGAUGAGGAGAAUGGCGGCAGAAUUCCAGUCUUCAAGCCGACCAUGGACCAGUUCCGCAGCUUCAAGAAAUUCAUGGAGAAGGUGGAUCACUACGGAAUGAAGUCGGGCAUAAUAAAAGUCGUGCCUCCGCAGGAAUGGUGAGCAUAAGUCUUGUGCUAAGAUAAAUGUGGAUCUUGCUGACCGCACUCCAGGCGGGAUUCUCUACCGGCAUUGGACGAACACGUCAAGCGAAUCAAGAUCAAGAACCCAAUCACACAGGAAUUCAACGGCACCUUCGGUACAUACACCCAGCAGAACGUUGAAAAACAGCGGUCAUACAACCUUCCGGAGUGGAAAUCCUUGACCGAACAGACCGAGCACCAGCACCCUGCAAAGCGAGGAGAGCGGCGGCGUAAUCAAGCUCAAGUUGUUCGAGGUGGUGGUAAUCUUCGCGGUCGUGCUGCAGCGAUCAAGGCAGAGAGCGAGGAGGGCACCCCGAAGCCCAAGAGAAAGCCUGGUCGACCGAAGCGUGGUCAGGCAGUCACCGAGGAGCCCGCCUCAGAUGAUGAGUCUGCCAAGACCCAGGAGCCUGCCACACCCAAAUCACCGCCGGCGAAGAAGGCCAAGGGCAAGAGAGGAGCCGCCACCUCCAGGGGAGCAGGCCAAGCCAAAUCAGUCUCCUCUCGCAGACUAAACAAUACCUCUGAGUCCGUUGACCGUAUCGACGAGAAGGCAUUCAAGAACUUCGACUACCGCCUUGAAGGUCUCGAUGAAUACACGCCAGAGCGCUGCGCUGAGCUCGAGACGAUUUACUGGAAGAGUCUGGCUUUCAACCAGCCAAUGUACGCCGCCGACAUGCCUGGAUCCUUGUUCGAAGACAAGACGACAAGCUGGAACGUGGCACACCUGGAGAACCUCCUGGACGUCCUGGGAACCAAAGUACCCGGUGUCAAUACCGCCUACCUGUACAUGGGUAUGUGGAAGGCGACCUUCGCGUGGCACCUCGAAGACGUCGACCUCUACAGUAUCAACUACAUUCACUUUGGCGCUCCGAAGCAGUGGUACAGUAUCUCUCAGGAAGAUGCUCGGAAAUUUGAGCGCGCCAUGAAGCAGAUUUGGCCCGUGGAUGCGAAGAAUUGCGACCAAUUCUUGCGGCACAAGACCUACCUCAUUUCACCAGACGUCCUUCAGAAGCAAUACGGCGUCAAGGUGAACAAGCUGGUCCACUACGAGGGCGAAUUCGUCAUCACCUUCCCGUAUGGCUAUCACUCUGGCUACAACAUCGGAUACAACUGCGCAGAGUCUGUCAAUUUUGCCACGGAAUCCUGGCUCGAAUUUGGCCGCAUCGCUCGCAAGUGCAAUUGCGAAGCAGACAACGUCUGGGUUGAUGUUGGCGAGAUUGAACGUAAGCUGAGAGGCGAGCCAACACCGGAGUACAUCGAGGAAACAGACGACGAAGAUGAACCCGAAGAAGAGGAGGAGGGCAACCUUCCUACUCCGCCUGCCAGCGUCAAGGGCCAGAAAGCUACGAAGAAGCGCAAGCGAGAGGUCAAGAAAGAGGAACCCAAGAAGAAGAAGAAGAUUCGAAUCAAGAUCAGGGUACCCACCCGGGAGCCGUGUGUGAUGUGUCCGAAUGACAACCCUUGGGAAGACCUCCUACCUACCGACACCGGCAAGAAGGCCCAUCGUUCCUGCGCUUCGUUCACCCCGGAGACUUACAUUAUCAACGUGGAUGGUCAAGAGAAGGUUUGCGGCGUGGCGAACAUCGACAAAGCUCGACUCGAGCUCAAGUGCAACUUCUGCCGCUCGAAGCGUGGCGCUUGCUUCCAGUGCUCCAGUAAGAAGUGCACUCGCGCAUUCCACGCUACGUGCGCGGUUGCUGCAGGUGUACUUAUUGAUGGGGGCCUGGUGCCAACGUUUGGCGAAGACGGCACUGAGUACUACGAGGAGGGCUUCGAUUUCCGCUGCAGAUACCACAGACCCAAGAUGCCAAAGGUGGUCAACGUUGACGCUUUGGAGAAGAAUAGUCUCAUCCUGGACUACGCCAAGGGCCUAAAGCGUAACGACACCGUUCAAGCGCAGCAUGUUGGAGGAGAGGUUUACGGUGGACUUGUGGUGGAGAAUCGACCAAGCGAACAGACCGUUUUGGUCGAUGUUCUUCCAGACGGGUAUGUUGACGCUCAACCUUUGUUGUCACGAGCUAGAGCUAACUGCACUGAUAGCGAUCGCGUGGAAGUCGAGUACAAGUGGCUGUGUGUUUUAGACCCGGAUGAUUCAGUCAGACCUAAGCCUACCGCUGCUGCUUUGCCCAUGCCCCAGAACAAAGACAAGAGGAACUUCUCACUCGCCAAUCGCCAAGACGGCGUUCCGAAGCAAGACGAGCCUUUCCAUACCGACCCGGAGUUCAAGUGGUUCGACUUCUACAAUUAUCACACGCCACCACCUGGUUAUCAGACCGUUCUCUUCAAUGCGCCGGCGAAACUGCAGGUCAACGUGGACGAGGGGAACACGAUCUUCUACUAUCUGCCCGAGGUUUCCACAGAAGCCAAAGUCUACUUCACAGACAAGCCUGGCUCAAGGGACAUCUGCGCAAAAGCUAACUUCAUGGACCGUGUGCAGCCGCCGAAGACAUCUCAACAGUACUCUGCGGCGAAGCAAGCUAUUGCACCUGCGCAUGUCAAUACGUUUGCACGCAUUCAGCCUCAGCCGCAGACUUCCGUCGGUGCUCGUAACGAGAAGCCUUAUGUCUACAAGCCGAAGGAGCCAGCUAAGCCAAACGUGUAUUGCGCAGUUGACCAUCAUGCUUUGAACAACCAACGCAGUCUUAUUGCUGACGGCUAUCGACGCCCCUCGGCCUCAUUCGGCCAGCCACAGCAGCCACAGCAGCCGAUCCUGCCGCAUCACUCGCCGCAGCAUGGCCAUGGUGCACACUACGGGUACCAGAGCAGCGAGCACAGCCGCGCCUCGACCCCACUACGACCCUUUUCGCAAGACCACUACUAUUCAUCGCGGACGUUGCCGGCGGCGUUUUCAGGCGAGUAUUCGAGAUUCAGGCGGGAGUCGCAAGGCGCCCAGACGAUGCAGCGGCCUAACAUUGAUUCAGCCGUUAUCGUUCCGAACUACCAGUCUGUCUCCUCCCAGAAGACAGCACUCAAGCAAAGUGUCGCGCCGCCUACCCCUCACAGCAGCAGCUCGUGGCCUGGGCUACCUGGCUGUUCAGCUGGCUCCGGACUUCCACCAAACCCAUAUGCGCUCGGCGCAGGAAGUCCGCCGUCUUCUGUGCCACACAACCAUCACUCUCCCCCCAUUGGUGCCCCGAUGACCCCUACUACGUCAAUGUCCUCCGGCCCCAAGUCAGAUGGCGCGCAGACCGAUCAGGGAUAUCUUCACAAUCUGAGGCAGUACCCAUACUUGCUGAACAGUUACUGUCGGAGCGCGAAGGAGUACGAGUCUCCGUACGCAGUAGGAGGAGGCUUCACGCCCAAGUAUCAACCACUUGAGCUUCAGAAGUCGGAAAAGGGCGGCGAACGCAAGCCGCUACAUACACCAAACAACUCCAUGUCUGCGUACGAGGCCGCCAAGCAGAAUAGCCAACAGUGGACACCUCCAUCACAGAUGUGGGAUCGGGCCGGUUUGGCACACAAGCAGCAGACACCGCCGCCCCAACAGCAGCAACCACAGCUCUAUCAGCAGUUCGGGCCACGCAACUAUCCGCCUGCGAUUCACCAGACCCCGCAGGAUUUUCAGCGGCAAAUCCAAGGCCUUCCAAGCACAGCCAGUCGUGACGGCGCGCACGCUCGCAUGCUUCGUGAUCAAGGCUACAUGCCGUACGCGCAUUAUCCCCCGCAUCACAUACCUCAUCGUAAUAGCUUUGGCCAGGCGUACGAUGGCACAAAGAUGUGGAACAGUCCACAAGCUCCAACGCCGAGCCCCUUAUCAGACCCCAAUACGCCUGGUUAUGGUCGUGGUCAUACUCCUACUAAUUCAGGUCACUGGGCCAUGCUUCCGCGAACAGAAUCAGGACCUCAUCGGGCAUCAGGUGCAGGGUACGGCCCAAUGCUUCCACAAAUGGGGGGUAACGAGACAUGGCGGUACAAUUAG